CAACCAAGAACACAUCACACAGUGUUUGUACUGCAAGUGAGCCAGCAGCAGCAGCAACAGCCCUUGGCCAGCCAGGCUCUACUAAUAGUAAUCAACACGAAGCAGGGGGCCAGAAAAGCUGUGAGCUUCUUUUGGAUUUUUUCAAAGCCGUGCAGCACUCAAAGAUCAGGUUUCACUUUACAAAGAACUGGAUGUGGAAAAUCUCAAAAGGGUAAAAAAAAAAAAAAAAAGACUACAUGAGAACAAGAGCACCAUCCUUUGGCAGUCUGAGCCUAUUCCAGACAUUUUCCAGCAAGACUGAAAAACAAGUUUGGUUUUGUGUUGCAACUUUCAGCCAGCCCCUCCACAGGGUGGUACACCCAAAACAAGUGCAUCAGCCCAGAGCUCUGACAAAUGAUGAAUUCUCCUAAAGGGAGCUAGUCAGAGGUAAUGCAAUAGAAGAUUGACAUUGAUUAUGGACCAUGAAACGGAUAAAAUGACAGCAACUUCAACUUGUACGCAUCAUUUCCAGCAUGAACUUUGAAGCUUACCUCUGAAUAUUGAAAACUUGGCUGACAAGACAUCAACUUCAGAGGUCAACCAGUGCCCUGAGUUUGAAGCAGCAACAGGCAGGCCGCUAUGUGGAGCUGUGUGGUUUCGAAUGAGACUGACGACACUUCAAAUCUGCAGCUUUGCCAAAACUUAAGCCUCAUCUUGUCCAUCUUCACCCUCAUCUACCUCAUUGUCUGCUUCCCAAUAGGCCUCUGCUACAAUGCACUCUUACUGGUGGUAAAUCUUUAUAACAAGGUUUCCAUGACUAUGCCAGAUGUUUACUUUGUAAACAUUGCUAUAGCUGGACUAAUCCUCAACAUCAUUGCACCAAUACAGCUUCUCGGACCUGCGUAUACUCAGUGGGCUGUCUGGGAUUUCAACAAUGAAGUUUACAUCACACUGCUCAUUCUCUUCAAUAUUUCCUCUUUGGUGAUUAUGUACUCCACUACUCUGCUAAGCCUGGACUAUUACAUAGAGUGUGCUUUACCAAGAACGUACAUGUCUAGUGUCUACAACACCAAGCACGUCUGUGGAUUUAUUUGGGGAGGAGCAGUUCUGACUAGCUUUUCUUCACUGCUCUUUUAUGUCUGCAAUCAUGUCUCCACUAAAAUCAUUGAAUGUUCCAAAAUGCAAAAUAAAGAGGCAGCUGAUGCAAUCAUGGUGUUCAUUGGAUAUGUGGUGCCAGCCAUAGCGGUUUUUUAUGCUUUUGUACUGAUCCUGCGGAUUAGGAAAGAAUCUACACCACUUGAUCAGGAGUCAGGUCGACUGGAUCCCUCUGUGCAUCGAUUACUGCUUGCAUCUGUUAGCAUUCAGUUUGUUUUAUGGACACCCUAUUAUGCAAUUCUUCUGGUGCACACCUUUUAUGGGAUGCAAGGAAAACACUUUUAUGGACAGCACGCAAAGACAUACUAUUUUCUUAAAGAUUUAUCUGAAUUGCUUGCAUUCUCAAGCAGCUUUGCAAUGCCUUUAAUGUAUCGUCAUAUGAAUAAGAACUUUUCCCAAAAACUAAGCAGGCUCCUGAAAAAGCUACACGGUGGUAGUAACCAAGGUUGCUCCCAUGAACGAUCUGUAGUGCAACAGGUAGUUACUUGAUGAAAAACAGGAAGGAACCUCUCUUGCUGCAUGAAAGUGAAUUCUUUACUAUUUUAUAGUCAAUUAAUUAAUAUCAAACAUGUGGAAAAAUGAAGCACUUGUUCAUUAAGAAAAAUAAUUGCAUCUAUGCACACACAGUAACUGGUUGCCCUCGUCUCUGUAUUGCAUGGCAUUUGCCUAGAUAAUACCAUGAUGACAAAGUGCCACUAAAUCAAGAAAGAAAGUAAAAACAAAGAACGCUACCAUAGUUUAGAAACAAGUAAGCUCUAAUUGCUUGACCAAUGUUUCUGUUAAGCUCGAUUUGUAUGCCACACUACUUGCACCUUCCAGUGUUUUAGAGGUUUGUUUUUUUUUAUCAUUGAAGAGGCAAAUACAAAGGUGUUGUGGCUGAGCUAAAGAUAAUACCUGACAAACGCACAGAAGACCAAAACACAGCAGCCAGGACAGCAAUGGUUUAGUUCUGCCUCUGUAAACUAAAUUGCUGUUUUAAUGAAUCGUGGCUUGUCUAGUGUAUGCGUUCGUUCUUUUCAUUUUUAAAGCUAGACUUGAAAAAACUACCUUUGCAAUACAGCGACACCUGUGAAGAACAUUAAGCUAAUUUUAGUUUUAAAUUGUAGUUAUGAAGUUUAUUUCACUCCUACAUGUAUUGAUUUUCUGUGUAACAUGAAGAAAAAAACUAUGGUCAUUUUUAGGAGAGAGAGGGUGGCUGUUAAAGAAAAAACAUUUUCUUACCUUUUUGGUUAAAAAAAAAAAAAAAAACUUCUUUUGAGACAUCAACUCUAAAUGGGCCUUUUGUGAUUGAGCAUGGGUAUGACUGAACUCUAACAUGGAGAGACAUUACAUGUAUUGCUAGCUCAUUGAAAGGUUAUUGCACCGUAGCCCUGCAAGUCAGCUUGUCCAUGUAAAUUAUGGAAGAAGCAGUGUCCAGUGCAGAAUGUAUUUAACAUAUGGACUGAAUUGGACAAUUGGGGCAUAUGAACUGAAACAGUAUAUUAAUAGUUCUGUAACGUCAAGAUGAAAUUCAAGAACAGUUGACUCUUGAUUAACCAGUAUAAUAAAUAGGGUUGUAUAAUAUGGGCAAAAUUUCAUAUUACUAUUGCAGUAUGGUGUUCAAAAAGCACUAUGAAAUUCUUACUUACAUGUCCAAACAAAAUAUAUCUGAAUACAAGCAUUUCUAGAAGGAAAUUUAAGCCAGUUUUUAAAAUAUUCAUAGAGUCAUGUUUCUCAUCUAUGCAGAGUACACUGAAAUUAACUUGCUUGUGCUAAUUUACAUGUAACUUGUCACCAUUCUCCAGCACAAUGAAUCAUGAAUAUUACUACCUUACCUCAAAACUUGUUUUCUUGCCUGAAAAUACUCAAAACAUAUUUGUCAUUAAUAGACAAAAAGAAGGAAUUUUAUAUUAACACAUCAAAGGAACUAAUAUAUUUCCCUGAAGAUAAAAAAAAAGACAUAAUUUACAUUAUUUAACUGAAUCAUUGAAAUAUUGAAAAAAGGUUAAUAAUAAUGUAAAUUUUCCACAGCAUGGUAUAUAGAUUAAAAAAAUUUAAAGGGUUUGUUUUUCCAAAGUACUAAUUUGAAAGGAUAUAAUUAAAUAAUAUUAAGCUUGUAUGAAGAUAAACAAAUUCUUUAAAAGUACUCUUUUCUUUCUCUUGGAUGGGGAUGAGGGUAAGGUUUCUAUCUUUUCGCAGCUAUAAAAUAUUCAGCUUUUUUUUUUUAUAAAUAGUUUUUUUUUUCCCUGGAACAAUCAAGAGUUAACUGCAAAGCUGAGAGGGCUAAAAGGUACUUUAAUUACUUCUGAUCUAUAUAUUUUAGUAAACAGUAAUUAAGUAAUGGAACGUCCUCUUGUUUGCAUACAUUACAGAAUCCAAACUGCUUCGAAAGUAGUUUCCGCUAAAGUAUUUGGAUUUUUGCUGCUGUGCACUUCAAAUGAAGACACUCUCACUUUUGAGACUAAUGUUUUUCCGUUUGCAUCUUCUUCCACUGCCAGUCCAAAGCCUUAACAGCAAAGGACAGUGAGCUUAUUGGGUGACACUUAAUAAAGCCAUCUCAUAUGUGCAUGAGUUCACAGAAAAACCACACAUUUGAGCCAACACAAUUUAAACACCUACGUAUAAAAAUAAGGCAGCCCAAGACAGUACUGUAUGUUUGACGGCGGUGCCUUUCAAAGCCACUGAUUGUCAACACAGCCUAGAAUUUAUUUAAUGUUAUGAAGUAUGCUGCAGCUUUUUAAUCUUUAUGAAUACAUGUGGUGGUGUUGCUACUGUACAAAUGUCUAUAUGAAUGUAUAUAUGUUUCUUUAUAUAUGUAUAUAUUGAAAACUAGAAAGAAUGCCUACAUACAGUAUACAGUGUUAUUUUCACAAAAAACUUAUAUUUAGAUACUUCUCUGUUGAUUACAUAAAAUAAUGUAUUUUUAUUAAGUAGACUAUAAACAAAUAAAACUAACAGUGAUAUUUAA